CAAUGAUUCAAGAUGUUUUGGGGGUGCAUGGAUUCUAUUGUCCGGUGACUUUCGACAAACAUUACCGGUCAUUCCAAAAUCCACGGCUGCCGAUGAAAUAAAUGCUUGCCUAAAAUCAUCAACAUUGUGGCGCUAUAUGCAAAAACUACAAUUAACUACAAACAUGCGAGUUGCAUUGUUGAGUGAUCCAUCUGCCAGAAUUUUCUCUGAACAUAUUUCGCACAGUCCAACUAUAAAUUCAUCCCUUCAGUUUGACAAUGAAAUAUAAUCCUCAGAUUCCGGAUUUAACCAUAACAAAUUAUUCCUUUUUGCAGGAAAAGAAGGGUGACGCAAUACCAACGUUGAUAUUUUGGUUUUUAUUCGAAUCUCUGACGUGCUGGAAGGGACAGUGCCUGGAAAAUGCGAGUAUUUCCUUAGCGGAACAAGUUUAUGAAUAUCCUUGGUAUGAUUUGGAUCCCACGGCCAUGAGCAUUUUCAAAAUAUUCUACAAACAAGUUCAAGUUACAUUACAAUUAAAAUGUCCCCCAAUUAUAACCAACAAUUUCACCUAUUUCUACGAGACCUGA